AUGAAACAAAUAAUUUUCAUUUUUUUAACUCUAUUUAUUUCAUUAAUAUUUUCCGAAUCAUCUGUUUAUAAUAAAUUUGAAUUCUUAGGCGAAGGAUGUUCAGAUUUUGGUGAUAAUUUAACAAUUUCAAAUUGCCAACCUUUAUGUACCAACCAUUUUGCUUCAAUUUCACCAAGUAGUUCUAUUUCCAAUGGUUUUGAUAUUAUUUUAUAUAAUAAUUCAGAUCAAUCAUGUAAUGUACCACUAAUUCCAACCUUAAAUUUUACUUGUCUUGAUAAUGAGACUCCAGUUAAAUUUGAAGAUUUUGCAGUUAUUUGUCAACAACAACAACCACCACAACCAGUAUCAAAAUUUAUUAGUUUCCAAUUUUUAGGUGAUUCAUGCCCAGAUAAUGGUGAUUAUUUAAAUGUUUCUAAUUGUCAAAAUGCAUGUGGAACUGAUUUAAUUUCAAUUUCUCCAAGUCCAGAUGUAACAGAUGGUUUCAUUGUAAAUUUUUAUAAUUUAACUGAUACUCUUUGUAAAACACCAAUUGCUAAUGAUGUUUUCCAAUGUCAAAAUAAUGUCAGUGAAUCUAUAAUUAAUGAUGGUACUAAUGAAUUUGAUAUCUAUUGUAGUACCACUGUUCCAACACCAGCUCCAUUACCAUCUCCUUCCCAAUUUACUAGAUUCUUAUUGUAUGGUGAUUCAUGUCCAGAUAGUGGUCAAUAUUUAAAUAUUUCAAAUUGUCAAAAUACCUGUGGUACUGAUCUCGUUUCAAUUUCUCCAAAUCCAACUGUUACUGAUGGUUUCCUUGUAAAUUUUUAUAAUUUAACUGAUACUCUAUGUAAAACCCCAAUUGGUAAUGAUGUUUUCCAGUGUCAAAAUAAUGAUACCGAAUCAAUAAUCAGUGAUGGUGAUAAUGAUUUUGAAUUAUAUUGUGAAUAUCCAGCAACAUUAUCCCCAUUACCAACAAAAACUCCAUCACCAACUCCUUCACCAACUCAAUCACCAACUCCUUCACCAACUCCUGCCCCAUCAAAAUAUAAUGAGUUUGAAUUAUUGGGCGAUAAUUGUCCUUCUGCUGGUGAUCAAGUUGUAAUUGGUCUUUGUCAAAAUGCUUGCAAUUAUAGAUUGGUUAAUAUUAUUCCAAGGGAUGAUGUUUCUGAUGGUUUUAUCAUUGAGUACUAUAAUAUUACUGAUACUUAUUGUCAAACUAUUUUAGAUACAGACGAAUUCCAAUGUUCUGCCAGUACUUCAGUUGUUGAUUUGUUCAAUAUUAAUUGUGAAGCUGUUACUCCUGCACCUCCAUCUCCAACUCCAAAUCCUUCAAAUGGUAAUAUCUUUGGAUUUUAUGGUGAUUAUUGUCCUUCUGCUGGUGAUAGACUUGAAGUUGGACUUUGUCAAAAUGCUUGUAAUUAUAAAUUACUUAGUAUCAUUCCUAGUGACGAUGAUAAUGAAUCUUUUAAUGUUCAAUACUUUGAAUUAAAUGAUACCUAUUGUCAAACCGUUGUUGAUAAUGAUUAUUUCGAAUGUGCAGAUGGUGAAUCAAAUAUUGAUGAUUUCCAAGUUAAUUGUUUAGUAACCCCAUCACCAUCACCAACUCAAACUCCUUCACCAACUCAAACUCCAACUCAAACUCAAACUCCAACUCAAACUCCAACUCAAACUCCAACUCAAACUCCAACUCAAACUCCAACUUCAACUCCAUCAAGAUAUAAUUAUUUUGAAUUCUAUGGUGAUAAUUGUCCAGAAGAUGGUGAUUAUUUAGAGGUUGGUCUUUGUCAAAAUGCAUGUGAUUAUUUAAGAGUUAGUAUCAUUCCAAGACAAGGUGUUACUGAUGGAUUUACUGUUCAAUAUUAUAAAUUAAAUGAUACAGUUUGUGAUAAUCAAAUUGAUUCUGAUGUUUUCCAAUGUUCAGGUAGUGCUUCAUCUAUUGAUUAUUUUGAUAUUUAUUGUGAUGUUUCUACACCAUCGCCAACUGAAACAACAACACCAACCCAAACACCAACUCAAUCUCCUUCAACAUCAGAAUAUGAUGGUUUUGAUUUUUAUGGUCAAGUUUGUCCAACCACUGGUUAUAAUCUUACAGUUGGAAAUUGUCAAAAUCUUUGCGACUAUAGAAGAGUUUCUAUUAUUCCAUCCGAAAUAACUCAAGAUGAAUUCCAAGUACAGUUUUAUCAAGUUUCAGAUAAAAAAUGUGCAAAUGUUAUUGAAUCUUCAUCAUUACAAUGCAAUAAUGGUGGUAACUCUACAACAAUUGAUCAAUUUAACAUUUAUUGUGAAAAAUCUUUUACCCCAACUAAUACAUCCUCUAAUUCAAGCCAUGAAAAUAUUGGUUAUAAAUUUGAAACUAAUAAUUUAUUAAUAUUACUUUUAUUGUUAAUUUCAAUUUUUAUUUUUUAUUAA